UCAUGGCUUUGGAUUCAAACUUUAUUUAUUUCAUAACUAUGGUUUCUGAUCAAUCAUUUCUUUCGCUCUUGAUCUUACAAUGGCUCAAAUCCAACGGCUCCAGGCAAUGCCAAGUUUGUGCUCAUCAAUCGUUCCGUUGUCAUGUACUCCUAAGAAACUAUAUCUAUAAAUCUUAUAAAUAAAGCAACCACUCAACGUCAUUCGACAUUACAGUUGCAUUCGAAUCGCCAUGAUAACCACAGUCUCUAUUUUGGUGCUGACUGUUCUCCUUUUGGGAACUGUGGAGUCCGUCGCAGUUCAACGAGUAUAUAUCAAGUACUUUUUAGACGACAAUGCCAUGGAAGUGAACGAGACCUUUCCUUUCGAUUCUGAGACCCGAUGUCUCAUGCGAUUAAUGAUCGAUACGUCCAGAUACACGGCUUUCCGAAUCAAAAAUGGCGAAUGCCAAGUGGGCAAGGCAAACAAUCUGGCUUUGGCAGUUGAGGGAGUCGUUCCGACAUUCUUGGGGCAGGUCUGGACGGACCAUUUGAAGCUCUACGUUGGGAUUGCACCAACUUUCGACGAAAGUUUGGUCACCUGCUCCCUUUUAAAUGGACGAAUCCCUGAGCCUAGAAAUAAGACACAUAUUUACGAGGAGAUGGAUGCUCUCGUCAAAUAUGAUCCCAUAGGAUCCCCAUGGGUUGGUCUAACGACAGUCGUAGAAGAAAUCGAACCAAUCUUCGUUUGGGUCUCAAACAUGGAUUUUGCAGCAUUUCUUCCUCCAUAUAAGAUGAUAACGUCAAAUACUGGCAAUUGCUUCUUCUAUGGUAGUGAUACUCAACAAAUCAUCAACACCAAUUGCCUCACACGAACCACAAACAGUUUUGUUUGCGAGUUUUAAAUUGGGAGAAAUGCACAUUUGGCGAGACCGGGUUCUCCGCAACCUUGGCAUGAUUCAACAAUCAAUAACGCUUCUUGAGUUACAAGUAUUGUUGCGGAGUAGAUCAUAUCAUAUAUCCUCAGUAUUUCAUUUCGGUAUUUAAACCUAACGAAAUUAUGAAAACAGAAAUGGUUUAAGAAUUAUACGUGAAAAUGUUAAAACGUGUUUUUCAGUUGAAUAAACAGUAGUAGGUCU